AUACCUUUGACGGCAAACGUUGAUAGUAUUCAAUAGAGUUUGAUUUGUGAAAGGAACUGAGAGCAAAACCUAGCAAUGGCAGCUGACGAUAAUUGGCAGACGGAACUUCCAACUCUCGUCGAAAGAACUGCCUUCAUUUUCAACAACGAGAUAUUGAGCGACGUGAAGUUUGUUGUUCCUGUGUCGAUUGGUGAAAUUGAAAGCAAGAAGGUGAUCCCAGCUCACAAGUUUGUGCUCGCAAUCAGUAGUCCCGUGUUCUUUGCCAUGUUCUAUGGUCUAAUGGCGGAGACUAAAGACUCUAUUGAACUGCCUGACUGUGACUACGAGAGUCUGUUGGAGUUGUUUCGUUUCUUGUACACCGACAAAGUGAAUUUAAGCGGAAACAACGUGAUGCAAGUGUUGUACUUGGCGAACAAGUACAUAGUACCCUCGCUCGCCAAGAAAUGUACAGAAUAUCUUCGCGACAACCUGAACGCAUCUAAUGUAUUUUUUAUUCUGCCGUACGCACAGAAAUUUGAAAAUAAAGACUUAGAAGAUCGAUGCUGGAAAGUGAUUAAAGAGCAGACAGAAGAAGCUGUGACGUCAGAUGAAUUUUUUAAAGUUGAGCGAUCUGUUGUUGAAUCUGUUGUGAAGCGAGAGAAGUUGAGCGUAACAGAACUAAAAUUGUACAAGGCAGUCGAUGGCUGGGCCACGGCAGAAGUACAAAGGCAAGGACUUACUCCUGAUGGAAAGACGAAGAGACGAAUUCUUGGGGAGGACAUUGUUAAAGCAAUACGAUUUCCAUUGAUAUCACAGAAGGAUUUUAUGUCAGUUGUAUUUGAUUCUGAUAUUCUCACUAUUCAUGAGGUUGGAAACAUGAUGAAACAUUAUAGUGGUGUUUUAAAAUCUCCUUUGUUAUUUAAGGAUACCGCAAGGAGCCUUUUAUUCCGAUGUAAUCGAUUUCUAAAGUUCAAUUCGCCAGCAAUAAAAAUUUGGUCAUACUCGGGUGGAACUGACAGUAUUGAAUUUACAACAAACAAGCCAAUCUUGCUACAUGGUGUUCAGCAUUUUGGCUCAGACGGUGGCAAGUAUACUGUCUCUACCGAAGUUAAAGUUACAGCCCACACUUCUUGUCUCGGAAAGAAAUCAGGAACAUACUCUUCAAUAAAGGAAGAGACUAAUAAUUAUUAUAGCUUCGAUGUGAUGUUUGAUCCGCCAAUUCGUUUGGAGGCUCAUGAAAGCUAUAGGCUUGUGUCGCUUAUCAAGGGUCCUUCAUCAUGGUAUGGAGAUGAGGGAGUAACGUCUCUUAAAUUGAGAGGAGUGCAGGUCAAUUUCAUGAAGUCAGUGGAGAGUGCCAAUCACACUUCGGAAACGAGUGGCCAAUUUCCAGCUUUCAUAUUUAGUACUUGUUAAGCAUAGAUAAUAGAAAAUUAUUUUUUGAUUGUUUUUGCUGCUAAUAAUUGACGAAGUUAAAAAUUAUUGAAUACGUACUUUUGUUCUUUGCGACCUUGUAAGUGUUCAGAAGUGAAUUAAGUGUCACGACGGAACAUUGGAAUGCUUUUGGAAUGUUUCACUUAUUACUUAAGUUGUUACGUUAAACAAUAAUGACAUUCUGAAAUGAAAAUAAACCUUCGAACAGUU